CGCCCCACCUUUUCAUUGGCUUGAUAGAAAGGCAAAUAACCACUUUCUUUCCAAAGGAGAAAUAAAUUAUAAGGAAGAUCAAGGGUGCGGGGAGAGAAGGGAUAGCUGAUGAUUCAGACUAAGAUGUGGUAGGAGGGCAACUCUGGUUAGGAGCUAGACUUUGGUUAAGGAGAGAGUUAGCUGACUCAGUCUUGACAACAUGGGCCGGGCUCAAGGACAGGUCUCAAAAUAAGGUCUGCAUAAUGCCUGAACAACUUUCUAGGUGGGGCCCCCCUCUAUUAUGGAUCGGUCGAGCAUAUUCUAACCUCUUUCAAGGAGUGACUUUGUUGAGCUCUUUUAGUGAGUGAACAUCCGCUUUCCUGCUUUCCUAAUAAAUACAUUCCAUUCAGACGAUUCGGUAGCCGAGUUGGUCUGACUCAGGAAGCUCCCUCCAGAGCAAAGCAAGCUGUAAGUCAGUUUCAAGUCUGCCUUUCCGCCAGAAAGCUCACUACACGCCACGUCACUUUUUACUUAUCAAAGAAAGACAAGCUACGAACUACCGCAGCUCUUCCGUGCUCGUAGGUUGACUCCCCUAUGCAUCCUGACUAAGGUCUCACAAACGUACACUUCCCUUAUGCAUCCAGCCGCUUCACUAAUCUGAAUAGGUUAUACAGAAGGGUGGGUUGAUUAUAGACUCUUAUGUGCGUUCCUUCUUCGAACCUUUUGGUAUGUAUUGCCCCCUAACUAUAGAAAAAAUCCACUGGACGAGAAAGUUAAUUCCGCGCUGCUGCUGAGUCGUCGGACUUAUCCACCAAGGGAUUCGUGGAAUUUUUGUGGAUUGCGUUGGGGGAAAUCUACCAAAGCUAGGCAGAUAGAUAGACUCCUUUCCCGCUCGCCGCUAAGGAAGAGCAAGAAAAAAUGGAAAUGAUAGUUUUUUUUUAAUCAGCGUCCCCUUUUGGGUAUGCAGAUACUAAGAGUCCUCUCACUACCAACCAGUAGACAUCAUCCGGCUGGGUCUUGCCGGUAUCAACAACGAGAAAAAAACAACCAAAUGAAAACAGCAACUAACUAUGGCUCUUGGCCCAGACAACGUCCUAGGCAUAGGGAGGGGGGGAUCAGAGCGAGAGGGAAGGCCUAGACGGACUUUUUUAUUCAUGGGUUGUAGUAAGUAGGUCGAGAGUUCGUUCCAUCUCAAUAUCUUUGCGUCUACAGCCUAUUCUAAUAUAACCAUAUUCAAUCUCUUAAGUGACUUCUGAACACUAGCUAGCUCUGGACCAACCUAUCUUAGCCAUGAGGGAUUAGUUAUACGCUCCGCACUUGGAUACCCAGCGUUUACUAUGGGCACGAUAACUGGUACACUAGAGGUGCAUCCUUCUCGGUCCUCUCUUACUAGGGAAAGGUCUUCUCAAUGCUCUAAUGCCCACACCGGAUGUGGACCAAACUGUCUCACGACGUUCUGAACCCAGCUCAUGUACCACUUUAAUGGACGAACAACCCAACCCUUGGAACAUACUACAUCCCCAGGUGGCGAAGAGCUGACAUCGAGGUGUCAAACCUUCCUGUCGAUGUGAGCUCUUGGGGAAGAUCAGCCUGUUAUCCCUAGAGCAACUUUUAUCCGUUGAGCGACGGCCCUUCCACUCGGCACUGUUGGAUCACUAAGGCCGACUUUCGUCCCUGCUCGACGGGUGGGUAUUGCAGUCAAGGGCCAAUCUCCGUCCGGCCCGAGAUUCUGAAAAAGGGUUGUUGACAUCAACGCUAGUCGAUGUUUGUGAUACGGGUGCUUUGGAAUCUCAAACGAAGGAUGGCCAAGCCUCGGUUCCAAGGGUUAGAGUAUUAUGAGCCAUCUGUUGCACAUAUUAUUCAUGAUUGGGAGGAAGUAGGCAAAAUCCGUCAACAAAGAGGGGAGCAGAUGGCACAGAUGCAGGAGCAACAGCUUGCGUAUCAACAAAAGCAAAUAGGGAUGGAAACAGGGGCGGGCGAAAGUGGCAGGAGAAGUGAUGACGGAGAAGAUGAAGUCGGACAUGAGGGAGAGCAUCUAUGAUUGAUUUUAAGCGGUUUGCUGAGAAGAUUAGAGACAAAGCUUUCGGACCCGUGGUUUUAGCCGAAAAGAUGGAAGAAGACGAGAAAAGGCUACGAUUGUAUAAGAGUGUUUUUGCCACAGAUGACGCACAUUGGGUUUUGAUGGAUUUGAUGCGAGAGGGCGGUCUUUUAUCUUCUUUUGAAGAGGGGAAUUCGCUGAAUCUUGCCCACUUAGAAGGUAAGCGGAGCAUGGCGGUUCGUAUAGCAUCAAGCCUAGGGCUUUCUUUUGAACAGGUGAUACAAAUGUAUUCUGAUAUUGGAAAAGAAGAAAUUUUAUGAAGGAAUAAAAGAUGAGUAAUGAACAGAGUGAAAUCCAAACAGCAACGGAUCAAGGAACAGAUGUUAUCGAUUCCAAAGCACCCGUAUCACAAACAUCGACUAGCGUUGAUGUGAACAGCCCUUUUUCAGAAUCUCAAAGCUAUACCAACCUACUUGUCAGGCAUGUGCCAAUCAUAGCAAAGAAGUAAUUUUUCUCUCUUUCCCUAGAAUAUUUGGUUGGGGUAUAAAGCCCAAUAAAUGCAAUGUAUCAUCAUUAGAUUCGACAAGGAACUCCACUCCAGGAAACCAGAUCAGUGACCAAAUCGAUCGCGAUGCCACUAGCUCAUAGAAGCCUCACUCAGAACUGCCUUCAAAGCUAACCAAGAACAAGAGGAGUGGUCGUCGAUGUUCGAACGCUUUUAGGAAAGAUUCCAUUGGAAAGCUUACGCUCUUUCAGCCAUUCCGGCUAGCCCGUAUAUCGCUAUUCAAAGUUGUUUUGUUUACUUUAUUGAGUGAGUUCCUGUGUAAGAAGCCGCCCCCUUAGGUAAGGGGUUCCCGGGUAUCUUCCCAUUGGCCUUUGCUUCACCUGUUAUUUCUCCUUGGGGUAUACUUAUUUGACCCAAGUAUACCCCAGGAAAAGCAACUUCUAAUGCCUUUCUACUUUUCCGCUCUCUUCUAUUUUUUGCCCUACUUUCCUACCUUAAACUGGCUGGAAACGUGGAUUAAGGGAAUGGACCUCCUUCUUUUCAUGCUUGGGUUCUUUCUUUUUUGUUCCGAAGGCAGAAAAACGAAAAAGAAAGACGCUUAAUAGUAAAGGACGGAAGGCACGAGGGAAAUUCGUUCAAGGUAAAAUGAUUCGGGGGCAAAAAAAAAGAAGGUUGUUCAAAUGGCUUCUUUUUGGAAGAUAGACUUGGGCAGAAAGCUAUCCGUUCCAGAAAAGAAAAGUAGCUCGAACCAAAGGUGACAGUGAGACAGUGAGGCCCCCCUGCGGCGGGGGGGGGGGGGGAGCGGGUAAGAGGUUUCCCCAUUAGGAUGGUUGCUUCACAUCUAGUGAAUGAAGGUUUUUCUUCAACCCAGUUACAGAGUGGAAAAGUAGAAAGCUCCGUAGAAUAUGCCAGAAAGCUAAACGAAGAACCAAGACAGCCGGCCAAGGCGGCAACAAGCAUUCUUUAUCUUGUGGGGGACUUCUAUGGGCAGAAUUGUUAUGACAGAAAGAACUAACCCGAAGGCGCUGACAUGGUGGGCGAGUAAACCUAUUCGAUUAGUGGGCACGAAUAAUUAUGCCCGACAUGAGAAAGAAUCGAUUGCUCAAAACUUCCCAUUCGGAUUAUAUUAUAUGUCGUUCACUCCCUCUUUCUUAAUUUGAUCUAUUAGGGGUUGGCCCAGCUACCCCAGUAGUCCAAAGUCUUCCUUUCCCCUGCCCCACUCCUUGAAGCCGACCGAGAAUCCUGCUCCUCUCCUUUAGAGUCGAGUUGCUUUCGCUCCUAUCUUUCGACCACGGGGAGUCGACUAAUCCACCGGUACGGUGAAGCAGUCAAAGAGAUCCCAUUAUUCGUGAUCGGGGAGGGGCUCUCAGCCCAUAAUUGCAAAAGUCUUAUAUUAAGGAAUAGAUCGUCAAAAUCUUU